AUGUUAGUAAUCCGUGGUAGGUUGUGGAAGGGGUGGUCGGUUAGUAUUUGUACCGUGGAAGAGAGGAGUGGUAGAGAGUAUUUUUCGUGUUAUUCGUUCAUUAGCAUUCAAUAGGUUUCAGUGAUUUCAAUUAUUGUGUACCCACGAUGGGGGAUGGUGGUUCAGUGUGCGGAGCGUGCGCGUUGUAGAAGGAAUAAAGAGGAAUAAGGAGAAUAGGGUGAGCAGCGUGCGUAGUCGUUGUUUGUUGUUGCUUAAGUGUCGGUUGAUUGGGUUUAUACACCCGUUCCUCAACUGCGAAAACUGAUAACGCGAAGUGUGGUGUGAGUAUUUGUUAUUAGUGCGAAGAGAGAAGAAAAACACUCAUAUUUUCAUGCUUGGAGUGAACUGAGUUCAAUUUCUGUACUCCCAGGUGCGUUAGUUCACAUGUAUUGUAUGCCUUUUAUUAUUAAUUUGUGCUAAAUAUUAUAUUCUCAUCAUAAACAUUAUGCCCAAAGUAAGAAGAAGUAAGAAGUCACCCCCGGAAGGAUGGGAACUAAUUGAACCGACUUUAGAAGAACUGGAACAAAAGAUGCGUGAAGCGGAAACAGAACCUCACGAAGGAAAGAGGAAAGUAGAAGCAUUAUGGCCAAUUUUCAAGAUUCACCAUCAGAAAUCACGUUACAUCUAUGAUUUAUUCUAUCGGAGGAAAGCCAUUAGCAGAGAAUUGUAUGAAUACUGUCUGCGAGAGAACAUAGCCGACAAGAAUUUAAUUGCAAAGUGGAAAAAACAAGGCUAUGAAAACCUGUGCUGCCUUCGAUGCAUCCAAACAAGGGACACCAAUUUUGGCACAAAUUGCAUAUGCAGAGUGCCAAAAGGGAAACUUGAGGAAGGUCGCAUUGUGGAGUGCAUUCACUGUGGAUGUCGAGGCUGCUCCGGAUAAUAAAGAAAUGUUAGGAACAUUUGUGGCUCAGAUAACUUGUAAGUUGUGACAGUUUGGGUCUGUGAGCAGUACCAGGGUGACCACCUGUCAGUAACGAUGAAGUGUGUUUAUUGCAGUGUAAAUGUGUAAAACAUCAGAUACAGAUGAGGCAAUGCCUAUCUGAUGACUGAAGAAACAAUUUAUAUUGUGUUAUAGAGGCUCAUUGUGAAUUAUUUGUAAGCAGAAAGAUACUGUCAUGUGUAUUAGUGACUAAAGACAUGGGUUUGGA